GCUCUGCGCCUGCGCUGUACGUUGAGUUUAGCGCGCCGGAUUAAACAAGGAAGAAGACCACAGAAGUACCUGCGGCUGCAGACGUUACUUCAUAGUUUCAGUAACAUUUUACACCUGGUUUUAUUAACUUAAACACACACUGGCAGCAUGUGGAAUCAGGGAGGCUAUAGUGAGUCCAGUAUGGCUGGGGGUUACACUCAGUCUCCAGGAGGAUUUGCGUCACCAGCCUUAUCCCAGGGGGGAGAGAAAAAAGGGAGAACCCGUGCCAACCAAAUAAUCCCCUGCACAGUGUCUCAGCUGAUGUCUGCCUCUCAGGCAGAUGAGUCAUUCAGAGUAGGAGAUGUGGAAAUUGCCCAGGUCACAAUUGUGGGGGUCAUCAGAAGCACAGAUAAAUCUAUGACCAACAUCCAGUACAAGGUCGAUGACAUGACAGCUGCUCCAAUGGAUGUGAAGCAGUGGGUGGACACAGAGGACCCCAGUGUGGACAGCACUGUCCUGCCCCCAGGAACAUACGUCAAAGUAUCUGGUAAUCUGCGCUCCUUUCAGAAUCACAGGUCUCUUGUAGCGUUCAGCGUCAGGCCCCUGGAGGACAUGAAUGAGAUCACUUCACAUAUGCUGGAGGUUGUGCACGCACACAUGGCGCUCAGCAGACCUCAACAUAUGUCAGGCGCCGGAGGAGGAAUGAGCGGUAAGAUCGAACCCAUGUCACGGCCCACCAUGGGAAGCAUGGAAGGGAACGUAGGAGGCUAUGCAGGCGCCAGCGACAUGACCAAUAAUGGGUUAAGUGCAAACCAGAAUCAGGUGCUGUGUUUGAUAAGGAGCUGUCCAGACCAGCAGGGUAUUAGCAUUCACGAACUAAAGAAGAGACUUGGCAGCAUGAGUAUGAUGGUGAUAAAGCAAGCAGUGGAGUUCCUGAGCAACGAAGGUCAUAUCUUUUCCACCAUUGACGAAGAUCACUACAAGUCAACCGACAGUGACGAUUAGACUAAUACAACUCGGUGGCAUCGGUGGGAUUACACAUUCGAAGUUGAGCU